AUGGGUCUAUUGCAUUAUUUCCUUGGUCUUAAAGUUCAUCAGGCUGAAGAUGGUAUUUUUAUCUCACAAGGAAAAUAUGCCAAGGACCUUCUCAGUAAGUUUGGCAGGCUUAAUUGUAAGCCUGCAAUUACACCCAUGAAUAUUAAUGAGAAAUUGCAACAAGAAGAUAGAGGAGAAAUGGCAGAUGCUAAAAGAUUGUGUGGGUUCACAGAAAGUGAUUGGGCAAGUUCGUUGGAUGAUAGACGAAGUGUUUCAGCAAAUGUUUUCACUCUAGGUUCGAGAGUGACCACCUGGAGUUCGAAAAAGCAAGCUACAGCAGCAUUGUCAACUUCAGAAGCUGAGUAUAUAGCAGCAACCUCAGCAGCUUGUCAAGCUAUUUGGCUAAGAAGAGUGUUAGCAGAUCUUCAACAUGAGAAAAAGGGAGCAACGAAAAUAUUUUGUGACAACAAAGCAACUAUUACCAUGACAAAAAAUCCAACAUUCCAUGGCAGAAAGAAACAUAUAGGCAUUUGCUAUCAUUUUAUACGCGAUCUGGUUGCAAAGGAGGAGAUAACAUUGGAAUAUUGUAGCACUCAAGAUCAGCUGACAGAUGUGCCGACCAAGUCAUUGCCCAAAGAGAAGUUUUGUUAUUUUAGAGCCUUACUUGGUGCAAGUGGACGGGGGUGGUUGGUGUCAGAGAGCAGGUGGCGUCGGUGGCUGCGAGCAAAGCUAGGAGCGGCGAUGGCAGAAGACCAAAGAUACAAUAUGGGUGUAAUCCCAACCAGGAAAAGCUUGGCUCUAUGCGAUUGGUUAUCAGUGUCAUGUUUUUGUAGGCGUAGGCUCUCAACUGUGUUGGUGCACCUAAAGUUUGCAGAACACUUGAAAGAAGCAGUCACGAACGUUGAGCAGGGACACAUUCGUGUCGGUCCAGAGACAGUGACAGACCCUGCAUUCCUUGUAACAAGGAACAUGGAAGACUUCAUUACAUGGGUAGACACGUCGAAAAUACGGAGGAAGGUGUUGGAAUACAAUGAGAAGUUGGAUGAUUAUGAUGCAAUGAACUGAAA